GCGGGACGGGGGUGCAGCCACCGCCACGCCCGGACCCCCCGCGCUGCCCCUCGGGUGGGCGAGUCGUUUUCUCCUGAGAAAGAGCCCAACCAGGUGAUCAAAAUAGAGACCCUCAAGGUGACGGUCGACUUCUUGAAGGUGCCCCUGGGCCUGAAGAAGCCCCCCCUGAAGGAGGCCCUGGCCGCCGUCCCGGGGCCGGGCAGAUCCAAACCCCUCGGGCUGGAGCGGCACAAGCCCCGGCGCUCCGACAACAUGGACAAUGAGUCGCAGUACUCGGGAUAUUCCUACAAAUCCGGCCAUUCCCGCAGCUCCCGCAAGCACAGGGACCGGCGGGACCGGCAUCGCUCCAAGAGCCGCGACGGGAGCCGGGGGGACAAAUCCGUGACCAUCCAAGCGCCGGGAGAGCCCUUGUUGGACAACGAGUCGACACGGGGGGACGAGAGGGACGACAACUGGGGCGAGACCACCACGGUGGUGACGGGGACGUCGGAGCACAGCAUCUCCCACGAUGACAUCACCCGCAUCACCAAGGACAUGGAGGACAGCGCCCACCUGGACUGCUCCCGCCACCUGGGCGUGGCGCUGGCCGGGGCGCUGGCGCUGCUGGCCUUCCUCACCCCCCUGGCCUUCAUGCUCCUGCCCCAGCUGCUGUGGCGGGAGGAACUGGAGCCCUGCGGGACGCCCUGCGAGGGGCUCUUCAUCUCCGUGGCCUUCAAACUCCUCAUCCUCCUGCUGGGCAGCUGGGCCCUGUUCUUCCGGCGCCCCAAAGCCUUCUUCCCCCGCGUCUUCGUCUUCCGGGCGCUCCUCAUGGUGCUGGUCUUCCUGCUGGUGGUUUCCUACUGGCUCUUCUACGGCGUCAGGAUCCUGGACUCGCGGGACCGCAACUACCAGGGCGUGGUGCAGUACGCCGUGUCGCUGGUGGACGCCCUGCUCUUCGUGCACUACCUGGCCGUGGUGCUGCUGGAGCUGCGCCAGCUCCAGCCCCAGUUCACCCUCAAGGCCGUGCGCUCGGCCGACGGCGCCAGCCGCUUCUACAACGUCGGCCACCUCAGCAUCCAACGAGCAGCCGUGUGGAUCCUGGAGAACUACUACCACGAUUUCCCGGUCUACAACCCCGCCCUCCUCAACCUGCCAAAAUCCGUCCUGUCCAAGAAAAUGUCCGGCUUUAAGGUCUAUUCCCUCGGCGAGGAGAACUCCACCAACAACUCCACGGGGCAGUCCCGCGCCGUCAUCGCCGCGGCCGCGCGGCGCCGCGACAACAGCCACAACGAGUACUACUACGAGGAGGCCGAGCACGAGCGCCGCGUGCGCAAACGCCGCGCCAGGCUGGUGGUAGCAGUGGAAGAAGCCUUCACCCACAUCAAGAGGCUGCAGGAGGAGGACCAGAAGAACCCACGGGAGAUCAUGGACCCCCGGGAGGCUGCCCAGGCCAUCUUCGCCUCCAUGGCCAGGGCCAUGCAGAAGUACCUGAGGACCACCAAGCAGCAGCCCUACCACACCAUGGAGAGCAUCCUGCAGCACCUGGAGUUCUGCAUCACCCACGACAUGACGCCCAAGGCCUUCCUGGAGCGGUACUUGACGGCCGGGCCCACCAUCCAGUACCACAAGGACCGCUGGCUGGCCAAGCAGUGGACGCUGGUCAGCGAGGAGCCGGUGACCAACGGCCUGAAGGACGGCGUGGUCUUCGUGCUGAAGCGCCAGGACUUCAGCCUGGUGGUGAGCGCCAAGAAGAUCCCCUUCUUCAAGCUCUCCGAGGAGUUCGUGGACCCCAAGUCGCACAAGUUCAUCAUGAGGCUGCAGUCGGAGACCUCCGUGUGAGCUGAGCAGGGGGGGGGAGCGGCUGAGAGACCCUCCCCGCUCCCCUCUGUCCGUGCAGAG